GCCCCACAGUCGUGCCACAUUCAAACCAAAUAGUCGAGCGAGUCGGUUGUGUUGGAGCCCGUGCUCCCCAUUUGAACGUAUUAGCUGUUUGUGUUCCCGUGCUUCCCACUCGCGUCAUUUGUGUGUGGAGUCGGUCCAUAGGCGCAGCUCCACCUCGUUUCUUGUCCGCAAUCAAUCCGCAAGGUUCAUCCGAAAUCUUUCAUUAAUUUCUAGCACAAACCAUAAAAGCAAACAAACGAAAACAAACAAAAAUGUUAGAAAAAUUAACAAAAAUGCAAAAAAGUAUAAAACAAAGUGUUGAAAAGGUUUAGCAACUGCGAAAACGACUUACGAAUUUUCACAACAACUUGAUGUUUGUAACGGAUUUUCCACCAACUUGUAAAAACUGAAUAGUGGAUUCUUUAGCCUCUGCUUCUGCUUCUGCGGAUCCACCGAACCGCAAGUUAUUAUUUUGCGAGUUUCUUUUGUGGAUUGGAUUCGUGCCACUUGAGAUCGCUGACGAAACCACCCCGAAAUCACCAAAAUAGCAGCCGAAAACCCAUUAAGAGCAACCACGUAGCAUGCGUCUCUUCAAAACGCGCAAAUCCACGGACACCUACAGCACCUUACAGCAGCCGCAACAGUCGCAGCAGCUACAGCAGCUACAGCAGCUACAGCAACCGGAGAACAGCAACAGCAGCAACAAUUGUCCGAGCAUCAUUAGGAACAGCAACAACAGCAGCAAGAGCAACACACGCGCAACAUGCAGCAACCGAUUGAACAAGAGCAUUGUGAGCAGCACCGCGAUAUCCUCGUCUCUGCCUGAUCUGCACGACAAGUCUCCCGUGAUGAUCCUCAGCUGCACCACGCUGGCCAGCAAUGGGGCGGUGUCCACUGCAGCAUCGGCCACAUCUGGCGGCAAUCUGCAACAGCCGCAACAGCAACAGCAGCAGCAGCCGUUACGCACGGCCACGCCCACAUGUCUAUUAAGCGGACGCCAGACGCCAUCGGGCAUAUCGGUGAUGUCGCUGCAAGAGGCCAACACCUUGCACCGUCAACAGCAACAACAGCAGCAGCCCACAAUCUAUGUGCCCAUGCCACAAAAGUCGGGUAACACUUCGUCGGCCACACUUCUCCUCAGAUACGACAGCAGCAACAGCAUUGCCUCCAUCCAGCAGCAGCAGCAGCAACAUCAUGCUGCCCAGUACCAGCAAUAUGUGGCACAGCGACUGCAUGCGGCCUCCAGCAGCUGCCUGUACGAGAAGGGGGCGGCGGUAGGAGGACCAGCACCAGGACCAGGAAUUGCAGGCAGCCACAAGAGCAGAUCUCUGACUCCAAAUGGUCACCUUCCCGACUACAAGUUGGUCACAGCCGUGCCGGUUGUUGUCCUGGACGAUGAGCAAAAGCCCGGAUCUAUACCAGUCGCCGAAAUGAGCCAAAAUAGAAACAGCUACAGCGGCAGCAGCAGCAGCAACAAUGACGUCAGCAACAGCUCCACGACUGGCUCCCUCGCCAGCACCACGCGGAACGUGUUCACCUGGGGCAAGCGCAUGAGUCGCAAACUGGAUCUGCUGAAGCGGAGCGAUUCCCCCGCGUCCCACAAGUCGCAUACUGAUCUGCGCAGCCUCUUCCACUCGCCAACGCACCACAAGAGCAGCAGCAGCAGCAGCAGCAGCUUCUCAGGCCCUCCGGGCUCCAAAGCAUCCCCGUCACCAACUGGCGGCUAUCAGAGCAGCAGCACUUUGAAGAAAUGCAAAUCGGGACCAAUUGAGACCAUCAAGCAGCGUCAGCACCAGAAUCAGAAUCUGCAUCAGAAUCACCAACAGCACCAGCAGCAUACUCUGCAGGAUAGCACCCAGAGCGCUCACUCCACGCCCACGCACCAGGUACAUUACCAGGCGGCGGCACGCCCACAGAAGGCCCUGAAGAACUUCUUCCAUCGAAUCGGGUCGACGGGCAUGCUGAAUCAUCGCUCGCACAAUCUUCUGAAGGCCUCGGAGGCGGCACAACAUGCCGCGCCGGCAGCGACGACGCUAUACAGGAGCAGCUCCACCAGUCAGCUAUCCAGCUCCUCCUACAUCAAGUGCGACGAUCCCACCGAGGGCCUGAAUCUCCAGCGGGAGCAGAGGGAGCAGCGCGAACAGAGACUCCCCCGAAUAGCCAGCCUUAAGUCCAGCAGCUGCGACGACAUCGCCAAAGUGAGCAGCUGCCUGACGGCCAGCAGCAGUAGCGGCAGUGCCGCCGUCAGCCUGGGCUCUCCGCCCAGUGGAGGAGGCAGUGCCGCGGGCACUGGCACUGGGGCUGGGUCUGCUGCAUCAGCACCAUCUGGGGGAAGCGGGGGGGGCCAGCAGGAUGCGUCGCGUCGCGGGGCCUUUCCCUACGCCUUUCUGCGCUCCCGUUUGUCGGUUCUGCCGGAGGAGAAUCACGGCUCGAGUGCCGGGCACCUGAAGCACCUGCAACACCAGCAGCAGCAGAUGGAGCGACGAGAGCAGCUGCACCAGGAGAUAGUCACCAUCCUCAGUCGGUCGCCGCUGCCCCAUCGCAGCUCCCCCGAGCAGCAAAUGAGCAGAUGUGCAACGGAUGUGUCACGAAACGACAGUAUCACGUCCAAGGACUGGGAACCACUUUACCAAAGAUUAAGUAGUUGUCUGAGUUCUAACGAGUCCGGCUAUGACAGCGACGGGGGGGUGGGCGGCGUUGGAGGGGUCCGGCCGGGCAAUAAUCUGAGCAUCUCCGGCGGAGAUACGGAAUCUAUUGCCUCGGGCACCCUUAAGCGCAACUCUCUAAUCUCGCUCAGCUCCUCGGAGGGCGUCGGAAUGGGAAUGACCGCAGGAUCGGGUAUCCGGAACAGCAGCAUCUGCAGUGCGCCCGUGUCCCUGGGUGGCUACAACUACGACUACGAGACGGAGACGAUACGCCGCCGAUUCCGGCAGCUGAAGCUAGAGCGCAAGUGCCAGGAGGACUACAUCGGCAUCGUCCUCUCGCCCAAGACGGUGAUGACCAACAGCAACGAGCAUCAGUAUCGGUAUCUCAUCGUGGAACUAGAGCCCUACGGCAUGGCCCAGAAGGACGGUCGGCUUCGGCUGGGCGAUGAGAUUGUGAAUGUGAACGGAAAACAUUUGCGGGGCAUCCAGUCCUUUGCCGAGGUACAGCGCCUGCUGAGCAUCUUCGUGGACAACUGCAUCGACCUGGUAAUAGCCCACGACGAAAUCACGACGGUCACUGACUUCUAUACCAAAAUCCGCAUCGAUGGGAUGAGCACACAGCGCCAUAGGCUGAGCUAUGUGCAGCGCACCCAGAGCACAGAUAGCCUGGCCAGCAUGCAGAGCCUCCAGCUGCAGCAAGAUGGAGAGCGGCAGGAGCAGAGGGAGCCGGAGAAUGGGGGUGAGGACCAGUGCGACGCCCGAUCGAUAGUCAGUGUAAGCACACUGCCCACGCCAAUGCCCCUGAUGCAGCACCGCCGGAGCUCUACGCCCCGCCACUCGUUGGACGUGAGUGCGCCGGAGCACGAGCUGUUGCGACGACGGGCGCGCAGCUCCUCAGGUCAGCGCUCUAGCUUGGUUCUAACACCGACACCGCUCUUUAACAGCAGCAGCAGCAGGUGCUCCUCCUCACCUAACCACCACCACCAGUCGAGCGAUAAUCCCGACGAGAACGUGUCAUACACGCCCGUCUACGCGAAUCGAGCGGCGAGCGUGUGCGUGGCCUCAUCGCUGGCGGACGACGAGAAGUGGAAGCUGCUGGCCCGCAAGCGGUGCUCGGAGGGCGCCGCCCUGCCGCCACCCGGGUCGCCCGGUGGCCCCCAGCAGCAGUUUGGCCAGCGCACCCACUACGCCCGCAACUCCAUUAACUUGGCCAACUCGCACUACCGCUCGUUGCGGUUCGCUCACUCGCGGCUCAGCUCCUCACGGCUGAGCCUGUUCAUGCAAACGCCACCUAACAAUCUAACCGAGGGAGUGGGAGCACCCUCUAGCCCCCAAACAACUGCAACAACUGAUCUCACUAAUAACCAGACGCAGCAGCAGCCGCAGCAACAUCCACAACAACAACACCACCAAUCACUAUACAUCAAGCACACGCCAAAGAGCGUCUCACUAUCCUCGCCUAAUCCAUAUGUUAAUGCCUCAUCUCCACCAGCCUCGGCAUCAGCGGCAGGAUUGGGAACAGUAGUAGUCAAUACCGGAUCAUCUCUGGCACCUCCUGCCGCCGCACUAAUGCAUCAUCGCCCAUCGCUGCCGGUGGCCAAGCUAACCAUUCGCGACGAGGAAAUGGCCGAGGUCAUCCGAGCCUCCAUGAGCGAGGAUCCAUUCCAUUUUCCAGGCAGUGGACGCUGUACUCCGAAGACCAUUACAUUCUUUAAGGGUCCGGGGCUGAAGUCCCUGGGCUUCAGCAUUGUGGGAGGACGCGACUCGCCCAAGGGGAAUAUGGGCAUCUUUGUGAAGACAGUGUUUCCAUCGGGACAGGCUGCAGACGAUGGCACCUUGCAAGCGGGCGAUGAGAUCGUGGAGAUCAAUGGCAACUCUGUGCAGGGCAUGAGUCACGCCGAAACCAUAGGGCUAUUCAAGAAUGUACGAGAGGGCACCAUUGGCCUGAAGAUCUUGAGAAGAAAACUGCAGAAAGCUAAAUCUAUGGGCACGUAGGGCUUGCAUCCUGCUCAUAGUAGAACCACUAGUUAAUAGCUAAUAGACCGUUUUUGUCUUUGGAAUCCCAUACCUGGAAUACCUGAAUCUGGAUAACCUGCUUUGUUUAAGCAAGUUAAAUGUAAAUUUCAGCAACUAACUUCUUUUUUUUGUUAUCGUACAAAGAAGUAUUCAUAUAGAUGACUCUUAUAGGUACUAGAAUCCCAUAAAUAUAGUAUGUAAGAAAUUGUACGGAGUUACAAUAUAAAAUUAUUACCUACCUAGACUAUGCUAAGCUUCGUAACGUUGUACAAGUUCAUGAAUAUAAAUAUAUUUACUUUAGAAGUCUA